AUGGAAGGUUCAAAUUCUUCUACAGAAAAAUCAUCUUCUAAAACUUUAAAUGCUUUAAUCGACCAAUUAAACAAAUUAAAACAUUUUCGUAUUCACACAGGAAAUAUUAAUACUUUUGUUGAUUUGAAACUUAAAAGAUUUACAAAUUCUGCUGAGGAACUUAAAGAAACGUUUAAAUUGGUUUUGAAUAAUUUACCUUCAAAUAUUUCUGUUGGGUUUGUUUUUUUUUAUUUUUUUAGAAAUCAUUUGGCUAGACUAUUCAUGAACACAACCAAAUUCGAAUGAUUUUUGACCCCAAAAUCAGCUUGGUCUUUCCCUGUUUCAAAUUUAAGGGUCUGAAAAUUUGGGGAAAAAGUUCUCAGCCCCACCACUUCUUUCCCCCACGGUGCUGCCUUCCAAAGACUCGCAACCACUUUC